CGGAAAGUAGUUUUCUUGCCGUUUCCCUCAUUCCAAACAUAAGAAGAGAGAAAGAGAGAAGGAAAACCCACAAUCAACAAUGGCGAUGGUCGGCACGAAGAGGCUGUUAUCAUCCCAAAUCCACCGCAUUUCCUCCCUCCCCCUUCUCUCGAGAGCCACAAUCUCCAAAUCAUCUUCGUCUUUGUCUUCAUCUUCAUCAUCCUCCAAGAAAGUCGCCGAUCGAAUCGUGAAGUUCUCAGCCAUCGAUCACGAAGGGAAGAAGCGCGAGGUCUUGGGCCUCUCGGGCCAGACUCUGCUCAGAGCCCUUUGCAACAGCGGCCUCAUCGACCCUGAAUCGCACCGCCUGGAUGAUAUCGAGGCCUGCGGCGCCGAGUGCGAGAUCAACAUCGCCCAGGAGUGGCUCGAGAGGCUGCCUCCGCGGACGCACGACGAGCAGUUUAUUCUGAAGAGAAGUUCUAGGUCUAGGGUUUUGAACAAGCACUCCAGGUUGGGGUGUCAGGUGUUGCUCACCCAGGACAUGGAUGGAAUGGUUGUUGCUGUGCCGGAGCCCAGGCCCUGGGAUACUGCGUAAUUGGCUGUGAUUUCCCGGAAUUUGGUGGUUGAGAAGUCAGUUGCUCUAACCACUAGUGGUUAUGUUUCGUUUUUUGGUUCAAUAAUGUGCUCUAAACAUUGGGUUCUUGUUGCCUUAUUCAAAAUCUCGUAUUUGGAUAUGUAUUGUUCGGAUUUUUAAUGGGUAUUUUCCGAUUCAGUUUCGUAUA